GUCAGUCUUCUUUUCAAGAGGCGAUGUCAUGCACCGACAGCCCCUCAGAGGGCGCUGUGGGGCAGCAGCUGGAGCUGCGGAAUGAGGGCCACGCCGAUGGGUUCUUUGCUGUGGCUCAGCAGCUGAGAGAACAGCGCCAUCUCGUGGACGUGGUUGUCACCCUGGGCCUAAGGGACUACGACGCCCACAGCGCUGUCCUUGCUGCAGUGAGCUCGGUCUUCCGGCAGCGCUUGGAAUGUGGGGAGCAUGGCAAGGUGGAGCUGGAUGGCGUGACCACACCAUGCGGCUGGGAGGCCAUCUUGAAUUUUGCCUACACUGGGGAGCUGGAGGCCACACCAGAGAAGGCUGGGGAGAUCUUGGAUGCUGCGGAGGCCCUGGGCGUCCCUCGCGUGGCCGAGAUUUGCAAGGCGGUGUUGAUUGGGUUGGAGGCAGAGGACAGGCUGAGUCCAGAGGAUGAGAAAUGGGAGACACUGCGGGGCCUGGAGGAGCUUUAUGAGAAAGGCAUCGGCUGGGACCUGGAGCUUAAAGCUGAGGAAGAUAUCUAUCAAGGUGAACAAGGCAGAGCUUGAGGGGAAGCCCCACAUACUGAUAGGAAAGGGAUCUGUGAGGUGGGAUGGAAUGGGAAGGCUAGAUGUUUUGGGUUGGGGACUAUAGGUUCCUAACUGAGAUAUGGCUGUUGGGUCCCCUGAUCUCAUCUUCCCUCCUUCCAGUUCACCGACUAGCCUUGGCCUGCGGCUGCGAGUUCUUCCACGGCAUGUUCACCAGCGGCAUGAAGGAAUCCCGCCAGGCGGACGCCCCUCUCUGCACCCGCUUCACCUCAACUGAUCUGGGCCUGGUCAUCUCCUUCGUGUACUCGGGAACACUGGCAGGUGGAUGGGACAACCUCUUUGAUGCUGCCCAGGCUGCCCUCCAGUAUCAGGUCUCCGGCAUCUUGGAACUCUGCCUGGAUUUCUUCCGCCACAAGCUGACUCCCGAAUCCAGCUUGGAUGUCCUCUCUUUCGCACGUGCCUAUGGCCUUCAUGAUCUGGAAAGCGCCGCAGAGAACUUUGUGCUGAGGAACUUUGCUCACGUCACGAGGACGCCCAAGUUCCUGGACCUUCCAGCCAGCCAGCUAGUGCACUUCCUCAGCUCUGAUGCCCUCUAUAUCCUCAAUGAAUUGGAGGCCUUCCAAGGAGCCAUCCGAUGGCUGGAAGCUGACCGGGAAGGACGGAUGGACUGUGCUGAGCAAGUCUUGCGUUGCAUCAGGUUCCCUCUGAUGUCUACCCGGGAGCUCAAACAGGUUCGCGCAGUAGAAAUGAUGGCCUCCCCAGGCCGGCUCUAUAGCCUCAUGGUCGAGUCCUUAGCUAGCAUCCCACCAGGCCCUUCCAAGCUGGAGCAACUCCCUUGCCGGGUGAGGUACCCAGAGAAGGUGAUUGCCAUCAGCGGAGGAGAUACGCUGGCAAAGAAUAUGGCCACUCGCAGCCCUAGCCGGGACUUAUGGUUCACCCACCGGUUCAUUAGCAGCAUCGGAUUGGUCAAGCAGGUUGAGUGGCGUCGUCUUGGGGAGCUCCCAGAGGGGGCACGCUUCCGGCAUGCUGUGGCAGUCAAGGACAACGUGAUGUACAUCUUUGGUGGAAAGGACUACUAUGGGACCCGGGACACCAUGUGCUCAGUGUUCAAGUGAGAGGAGGAUUCUUGCCUUUGGAAUUAGAGUGGGUGAGAGGGAAAGAACCAGGUUGCAAGUUCCGCGAUGUGAGAAGAGUUGUGGGUGGGGCAUGGGAAGGAUAAACAGGUCUUCAGAAUCAGUAUUUCAGCUGGGAGAUCAUCAGUACAGUUGCGUAGGCCAGAGUGGAGGUGGAUGUUUGGAGAAGUAGUCUAUUGAACAGGGUGAUAAGGGGGCAAAAGAGGGGUGGGGGGCAAAAGCAGGUGUCAGAGAAGACGUGCAGCAGUCAGAAUGUCCAUAACUGGUGCUGGCCUGACCUGCAGAGUUUUAUAGGGCUCUCCAGCCAAUCAGAAGACUGGGCUGGGAGCCAAUCAAAGCCUGGUACACAGGCAGUGAGAAAGAUUAGAAGACCCCCUCACAUCUUAUUCCUGAUUGGCUGCAGCUUCCACCAGGAGCAGCAGCCCCAAUAGGUUUUGGCCCAUCCCUGGGUUCCAGUAACAUAUGCCCUGGAUGUUAGUGAUUGACUGGCUCAAUAGAAUGAAAAAUAGAUCGUUGGUGUGCUGCCCUUCUAGCAAUACAUAGCUCUCUGAUCAGGUUCCUCAAACAGGAAGGGACACGUUGCCUUUGGCAGCAUUUGGCUGUCCAGAAAUUUGACAUGGAUGUUCUAAAGCCACUGUGGAAAAGGUGGAAAGAUGUGAAGGACAGACAACAUAAUGAGGGAUGCUUCUGAACCUUUAAUUUUAGGAACAGAUUCAGAGUUGCGGGGAUGUGGGGUUGCUUCCAAGCGCCAUCUUUGUUCCCUGACACUCCCCUCUUGCAGGUUCGACCCUCUCUGUGGGAGUUGGGAGCGGUUGGCCGACAUGACAAGUCACCGGAGCUACUUCCAGGUGCUCUACCAGGAUGGCUUUUUCUAUGCCUUAGGGGGCAGCUCCAACGAUGCCUACUGCCUGGAUACAGUGGAGUGCUAUGACCCCCAGACCAAUGCCUGGAGGUGAGGAAUUGUGUGUUGGGGGGGGGGGCUUUGUCAAACCUCACCUGGCGUCCAGUAUCGGGCACAGCGUUUUCAUCUGCAUAUAGACACAUGGAACGGGUUCAGAGGAGGGUAACCAUCAGGAAAACAAGUCCAAGAGCGAAGGAACUGGAUAAAUUUUAACCUGGGGAGUAAAAGACUGAGGUGGGACCCAGGUAACAAAUGAUUUUGGGGGUUGUGUGAGAGAGUGACAAAGUAAAAUAUUGAAAUGAGGAGCACAAGUUUCUCAGGAGCACAAAAAACGACAAUAGUGCCUGUACAUUUUGCCUUAAAUUUCAGGUUGUACAGAUGCUAGAAACUUUUAAAGUGGCAUCAAAUCACUUUACACAGUUGUGGCUUACCCUAAGAAACCUUGGGAAUUGUAGUUUCCUAGAGAAGUUAGACUGGCUAGACCUCCUUGUGUUCUUCCGCCAGCCGAUGAAGACCUUUAUAUUCCAACACGCUUUGGGGAACUGACUGUUUCUGAGGAAAGGGCUGGCACUGUGAUGCCCCUAUUGUUGCUGGUGUUGAGGGACCACCACCACCUCUUGCCAUUAUGAAUGGUUUAACUGUGUUGUGUGACUAAUAUACAUUUCCUCCUUGUUCCUUCCCACUAGGCCAUGUGAACCUCUGCCCGCUCCGCUCUGUGGCCACGCAGCCUGCAUCCUGGACGGAGUCAUCUACGUCUCCGGGGGCAGCGACGGCUCAUGCCGCUGCCAGUCUUCCCUGAUCCAGUACCGCCCGGGCGCAGCGCCCAUCCCGCUGGCCAUGAUGCGAGAGGAGCGCGCAGGCCACAACAUGGAAGCCAUGGGUGGGCACAUCUACGUGGCGGGAGGCCUGCGAUGGCGGGAUGGACACGGGGGCUACGCCGACCAGCUGGCCUGCGAAGUGUACAGCCCGGGCCUGGACGUGUGGGCCGCCCUUGCCCCUCUGCCACAGGCCCACGUCAUCGCCGCCUCCACCGUCUUGGACGGAGAGCUCUACAUCAUGGGAGGCUACAGCCACAACACCUAUCGCGACACCCACUUGAUCCACUGCUACAACCCGACCCAUGACCGCUGGGUCAGCGUCGGGACGCUGCCUCAGGCUUACGCAGACCUCAGGGCCUGCAUCUUAGAAGUUCCUCCUUCUCUGAGGAGGAAACAGCCCUCGCCCUUAGAUACGGCUAGUGUGGAGAUCCCUGCUGAUUCUUUGACAGAGUUGCCGUAUCAGUACUCCUGAGACACCUCCCCAGUUUUAUGUGGAAUCACCUGCACAGCUUUAAUAGGGGCAGAAACUCUAGGAAUGGUUUGAACAUGCAUGUGUGAUUUCUCUGUGAUUGUGCUGCAGAGGCAGGGGGAGCUGGCAGUCCUUUGCACAUUAACUGGACUCCAGCUCCCAUUAACCGUAGCCAGCAUGGCCGGCUGUUGAGGAUUAUAAGAGCCUAGCCUAAAAGGACCGCUAAUGGGUGCCAGGGUACCCACCUUCUAUGGGUGGGUCCCAGUGAUUAUCCCCUCAAAAAAAAAAACCCCAACAAGGCACAACAGAAAGUUCUGUCUCUCUGCUCAACUUGUGGCUGAGCUUCUCCUACAUUGAACGCACCCCUUAAAUGUGCUCACAUUUCAUUGGAUGAUGACUUGACACCCAACCUCUGUUCUGAACUGAGCAGUGCAAAGAGCUUCCCUCUCAGAGUGACUGUGACGGUGGCUGGUGUAGGUGAUGUGGCAGCCAUUUUGGGUCAUCUCACCUGCCUCAUGGCCCCAAAGAGGUUGGCAAUGCCUCGUUUCCACACCCCUGCUGUAUACUUCAGGGACUAGAGGACCCUCAAGGUCCCUUCCAACUCUACUGUCCUAUGAUACACAUGACUCACUUGAAAAAAACUUUGCAAGGGAGGUAAUGUGAAAAUUCUGCCUGAGGUGUUAAUACCGUUUGAUGCUGCAGUUACCAAGAAAUAACCAUGACUUGUGUGAACCAGCCUGGUGUUUCUAAUGGAACCACACCAAGCAAAAAACAAAGGGCAGCAGUGUUGUUUUUAAACCACCGCUGUAUUUCCACUACGCUUUGUUAAAGCUGCAUCUGUUGAAUUUCUGCCUGUUGUGCAGCUGUUAAAAAGGCAAGCACUUCUGUGAGGAACAAGCAGAGAGGCAAAAUGCUGUGGGUGAGGGUGGGGUAUCCCCCACUUCCUUCAAUGUGAUGAAGUUAUCAGAAGGAAGAGUUGAAUUCUUCAGUCUUGAUUGGGGUGGAAUAUUUUUGACUGGCAGGCCUUGAACUCUGUUAACACCCCUUGCUUGACUGCCUGGAGGAGAAAGAGGGUAAUAUUUAGAUUCAAUGCUGCACCCAUUUAGGCCCUGCCUACUGUUGCCCCCUCAGAAGAGAAAGCAGCCCACCCUCGGAGAAAAGUUCAUCACCCCCUGUGCUAGAUAGGGUUCCAUGCAAGAGCUUCUCUAUUAAGCGAUGAGUUGCAAAAUGAUGUGUAUACAACAAUUAAGCUGCCCACUAUUUAGCUUAUAACACAUGUUAUCGUAGGUGGUGUUUUGCUUGUUUUAAAAAAUAUGGCUGUGAUUAUUCCUGCUCUUAAGGCACAUUACUUCACUUUCCCAUUGGGGUUGCCAGCUUUUCUUCCUGGAUUUUUAAUGCUAUUGCACGGCCCUUGCCAGAUUUUCAAACGGGCCACUGCAGCUUUAAAGGCAGUCUGCAGACAAUGCUUGUGUUCCUGCUGGUGGAAACCUUAACCUGCUGAUUCAUGCAUAUCAAACAUCUGCUAAAGGGCCACCCUCUGCUAUACAUUUAAAGCAAUAUCUUACCACUUUAAACGGGUCAGGGUUUCCCCCAAAGAAUCUUCAAGCACAUUGCCUAUUCUUCUACAGUCCUUCAUUGCAUAUUUGUUGCGAGCAGGGAUUUUCAAUUCUGAUAAAUAUGAAAGAUCAGAAAAGAGAAAGGCUUCUUUGUGUUGACGAGAUGAGAGUUUGUUUCAGAUUAGACCUCUCAUUGAGUCUGUAUAGAUACUUAAGGCACAUAUGUAAGAGGCUUGUUUAUAUUUUGGCAAUGUUUUCGCCAAACGUAGCUGCAUUGUUGCAUACUUUAUGGAUGUCCCACAAUCAUUUUAUAAAGUAGCUGUUUUCUGUGCUACAAAUCAAGCACUGCCAGGAGUUUUUUCUUUCUUUUUGUUUUCUAAUGCAUUACUUAUCAAUAAAAAAUUCGGUGUGGUGUG